AUGGAAGUUGAAUCGGUCAAGUGUGAGUGCUGUGGCCUCAAAGAGGAGUGCACCCCAGAAUAUAUCCGCGACGUGAAGGCAAAGUUUGACGGCAAAUGGUUAUGUGGGUUGUGCUCAGAAGCAGUGAGAGACGAAGUUAACAGAGAGAAAAGGCCUUUUGAUAUGGAUGAAGCUGUCAAAGCUCACAUGUCAUUCUGUGGGAAGAUCAAAUCGAACCCCGCGGUUAGAGUUGCUGAUGGGAUGAGGCAGAUGCUGAGGAGAAGGUCAAGCGACUUGACUUCAUCGUCAAGCAAGUACAGUAGCAGGUCAAACACCACUUCUCAAGUCACUGAUUCCUCCACUCUCACGUUGCACUGA